AUGAGUUGCAGACAGUCCUCAUCCUACUACAGCCGCAGCAGCCUUGGUGGCGGCGGCGGUGGCGGUGGCAGCAGCAUGUCUUCCUGCAGUCGUUUCAGCUCCUCGGGGGGUGCCGGAGGAGGGGGCCGAUUCAGCUCUUCCAGUGGCUAUGGCGGGGGGAGCUCUCGUGUCUGUGGGAGGGGAGGCGGCAGCAGCUUUGGCUCCAUCUACGGCGGAGGAUCCGGGGGUGGGUUUAGUUCUAGUAGUUAUAGUUUAGGGGGUGGUUCCAGAGGUUUUGCUUCUGGUGGAUGCUUUGGUGGGUCUGGAGGCUUUGGGGGUGGCUUUGGUGGUGGUUCUGGAGGUGGCUUCGGCGGUGGUUCUGGAGGUGGCUUUGGCGGUGGUUUUGGUGGUGGGUCUGGAGGUUUUGGAGGUAGCUAUGGUGGGUCUGGGGGUGGCUAUGGUGGCAGUGAUGGUGGUAUUCUGACCACAAAUGAGAAGGCCACCAUGCAGGAACUCAAUUCCCGGCUGGCCUCCUACUUGGAUAAGGUGCAGUCUCUAGAGGAUGCUAACCGUAACCUGGAGAGUAAGAUUCAAGACUGGUAUCAAAACAAGGGGCCCAGUGUAUUCCAGAAGGACUACUCUGAUUACUACGACACUAUUGCUGAUCUCCAGAAACAGAAGGAGGAUACGACCGUAGACUAUAACAAAACUCUCUUGGAUGUUGACAACACUCGCAUGACACUAGAUGACUUCAGGCUAAAGUUUGAGAUGGAGCAAAACCUGCGGCAAGGGGUGGAAGCCGACAUCAACGGCCUGCGGCAGGUGCUGGACAACCUGACCAUGGAGAAGUCUGACGCAGAGAUGCAGUAUGAGAGCCUGCAGGAGGAGCUACAGGCCCUCAAGAAGAAUCAUCAGGAGGAAAUGAGCCAGCUGACUGGGCAGAACGAUGGGGAUGUGAACGUGGAGAUAAAUGUUGCUCCUGCCAAAGAUCUCACCCAGAUCCUCAAUAACAUGCGCAAGGAGUAUGAAGAUAUCAUUGCUAAGAACCGAAAGGAUAUCGAGCAACAAUAUGAGAGUCAGAUGACCCAGAUUGAGCAGCAAGUGUCAAGUGCUGGCCAGGAGGCGGAGUCCAACACCAAGGAGGUGACUCAGCUUCGGCAUAGUACCCAGGAAUUGGAGAUCGAGCUGCAGUCUCAGCUCAGCAAGAAAGCAGCCCUGGAGAAUUCCUUGGAAGAAACGAAGAAUCGCUACUGUGUCCAGCUGCAGCAGAUCCAGCAUCAGAUCAGUGAUCUGGAGGGCCAAAUCACUGAUACUCGGCAAGAGAUUGAGUGCCAGAAUCAGGAAUACGGCCUUCUGCUCAGCAUCAAGACACGGCUGGAGCAGGAAAUUAAGACCUACCGCAGCCUCCUUCAGGGUGGCCAGGAAGACUUUGACUCUUCUGGAGCUGAAAAAAUUGGCUUUGGAGGUGGCCAAGGAAGUCGAGGAGGAAGUGGAUCUUAUGGUGGAAGUGGAGGCAGUUCUGGAAGAGGAAGGGGGUCUGGAGGAGGCAGCUAUGGUGGAGGAAGUAGCUCUGGAGGAGGAAGAGGAGGUGGUUAUGGUGGUGGAGGAAGUGGCUCUGGAGGAGGAAGUGGAGGUGGUUAUGGUGGAGGAAGUGGCUCUGGAGGAGGAAGUGGAGGAAGCUAUGGUGGAGGAAGUAGCUCUGGAGGAGGAAGCCAUGGUGGAGGAAGCCAUGGUGGAGGAAGCUAUGGUGGAGGAAGUAGCUCUGGAGGAGGCAGCCAUGGUGGAGGAAGUAGCUCUGGAGGAGGAAGUGGAGGCAGCCAUGGUGGAGGAAGUGGUUCUGGAGGAGGAAGUGGAGGCAGCCAUGGUGGAGGAAGUGGUUCUGGAGGAGGAAGUGGAGGCAGCUAUGGUGGAGGAAGUGGUUCUGGAGGUGAAAGUGGAGGCAGCUAUGGAGGAGGAGGUGCAACCAAAGGUGGAAGUGGUGGAAGAUCGCCCUCUUCCUCAAGACCUGGUGACUAUGAUGAUACAAAAGGUUACCACAUGCGAUACUAG